AUGGCCAACGUCCCCGCCCUUGGGAUGAAGUCCCUGAAGGUGCACUUGGAGGUCGAGGGGGCGGACAGCGAGAAGAUCGUGCAGGUCUUCGACAGGGUCCGCGGCCACGACUCGGCCGUCCCGGUGUACCACACGGCGACGCACCCAGAAGAAGUCCAUGACGACCCCCCAGCGCUCUACACUGUAGGGGAUCUUCCCAUCAUGCCGUCUGAAGGGUGCAAGAAGGUAAAGCAUGUUUUUGCCGUUGUCUUGAACUACCAGGGGGACAUCGACUUGGCCGCGGCACGGGAGGCCAUGCUGGUCAACAACUACAAUGGCUUGCCAGAGCCUCUGCGCCCCAGAACAGGUUGGGCAGCGUUGUACACGAUGCAGGUGGUGCUAGCGCCCUCGGGCGAUGGCGAGGGCACAGACAUCAUCAAGUACUUUCGGCUCUCGAGUCCGCAGCCGUUGGUCGAUGUCGAGAGUCGCCUCCUGUGCGAUGGCGAGGCGAAGGGCGCAAAAGAGAAGAAUAAGUGCAUUCCUCAGGACGUGAUUGUUUCCCAUCACCAGUUUAUUAAGGGCAACGCCCCGCGCGGCAACUUCGAUUGCGAGCAGAUGAUGUGGAUCGACUUCCAGCUGAACGACCCGCAGAGCCCCGUCCACAACUGGAAGGAGGGGAAGAUCAAGGAGGUUCUCUCGCACAUCAAGGAUCAGAGCAUUCAAGCGAAGAAGAUCACGUAUCAUCCCAUCUUCAUCUUCGACUCGGGGGACGAGGGCGUCGAGCGCGCGAAGCGCCUCGUUCCUACUUUCAAGAGCCAUUCCUGCCUCAUGGUCGGCGAGCCUGGCGAGGGGAAGACGCCGUACCUGGAGACGAUGGCAUUCGCCAUGGCCGACUACCACGCGGACAAGCAGGGCGACCGCAGUUUGGCAUCGUACCGGGAGGCGCCAGACCUAGACUUCUUCAGGGCUGAGGAGGGCACGAAGAACUGCCCGUGCGUCUUCGACGAUGGUGACUUAUUCGAGCAGCGCCCGAAGACGCUGAAGGCUUUCUUCGCGGGAGCGAACAUGUACGACGAGACGGCUGUUCCCACCGUGGACGCAUGGCGCGGCGCGUGCGCAUUGUCUCCAGCUGAGGCCAAGAAGAAGCGGAACCAGUACUUGUUCGACAUGUUGAAGCGUACCUUUCCCAAGGACAUGUCCAAGGCGAACGUCGCGGCCCUCUUGAAGCGGUCCUCCGUGGUCGUGAACACCCCCGAUGACGUGUUCGAGCGCUUGGCGGGGCUGGACUCGGACGUGACGAGGGCUCCGAAGGUGGGCCACUACAUCACCGCGGCGGCGGGCAAUAUCUUGUGCGACUACAUCAAGAACGGCGCGAUGCGGGACGCCGAGGAGCACCGCGCGCUCAGGGACAAGCAGCUCCGCUUCAUGAAGGCGCUGCUGGACAAGGGGGCCGCGCCCGUGCCUCUCGCGGUGAAGAGGGAGCUCCUUGACGACGCCGAGGGCGGCAGUGGCGCGGCGGCCAGCGAGCCCCUCCCCAACUUGCCAAAGCGCGUCCUUUGGGCAAGGUCAUUCGGGGCCAUGCCGCAGGGCGAGAUCGACCUCUCGACCCCGCCCGACGCGCCCCCUGGCGCUGCCGCCGGGCCGAGCUCCCAAGACAUCGCCGCUGCGUUCGACGACGCGGACAGCGGCGAUCAGCUCGGCGUUGGCGGCGGCAUGGACGAUGCUUCGGAUUGA